AUUUUUUAAAUUAAAUAUAUUUUUAUUUAUAUAAAUUGUAAUAAAUUUUUUGUAAACAUAUAAAAAAUAAAAUAAAUAAUUUUGAAAAUUAAAAAGUUUAGUUUGAAAUUUUAAUUUCAAGCACAGCUUUCCUAUCUCAAGAAUCUUCGCUCUAAACUAGACUCACUGACAGAGAAUGACACAACUAAUAAAACAAUUAAAUAUGUACGUACAUGGAAAACCAAAAAUCGUCGACAAGAAUUUUCGCGCGUUCCGUGAGGAAAAAACAACCCGUAACUCUACAGUUCUACUAUCAGAACACGAGAGGUCUCAGAACUAAACUAAGUAAAUUCUUAACAGCCUCAGCGUGCAGUCAACCAGAUGUCUUGUGCAUAACAGAAUCAUGGCUUCAAACGUCAAUAGCGGAUGGUGAAGUUGUCGACAGGUCUUACAAAAUCUUUAGAAAGGAUAGGGAUCCUAUGAUCAGUGGUUUUGAACGUGGAGGUGGAGUCUUCAUUGCAGUAAAGCGUUCCAUUCAUUCUGAGCUAGUUAUCAUAAACGACAACACCCUGGAACAAGUAUUUAUCAAAAUUAAAGAUUCGUUGUCAUAUAUCUGUGACAAACUACCGGAUGCGAGUCUACUGAUCAUAGGUGACUAUAAUCUUCCCAGCAGUAUAUCAAGGACAGAAUGCACCAAAAUAAUCUACGAAAAUCUAUCCAUGCUUGGAUGCCAGCAAUUCAAUAAUGUCCUAAAUAUUCACCACAAAACCCUGGACUUGUGCUUCAGCAAUGCUGGUAUCGUGCUACGUAAAACACCAGCUAUCAUCGAGGAAGACAAACUUCACCCAGCAAUAGAUAUUACCCUUGAGUUUAACACGCAUCUUAGACCAGAAGUAUCAUCAAGUUAUGUAUUCAAGAAAGCAGAUUAUGACAGCUUAAAUAAUUUUUUCAUCAGAACUAAUUGGAUCGAUCUCUACAAAAUUGAUUAUAUAGAUGAUAAAUUGAAUUGGUUUCACCAAAAGGUGUACGAAGGCGUUGAUAAAUUCGUCCCGCUACACGCUAAAAAACCCAGUAACUAUCUGUGUUGGUUUACCUUGGAACUUAUACGUAAAAUAAAAUUAAAAAACAAGGCACACGCAAUCUACAAACAAAGAAGCACAAGACUCAACUAUAAUAGGUUCACCAGUUUAAGACACGAGUGUAAAGCAUUAAGUGCUAGAUGUUACCGGAAUUAUGUGAUCCAGGUGGAAGACUCCAUCAAGACAGACACCCAAGCCUUCUGGAAAUUCAUCAAGAACAAGAAAAAAAAUAAUACAGAGAUACCGGCGAAAGUACAUUGGAACAAUUCAACAGCGAACACUGGAGAAGAUAUUAGUAACUUAUUUGCAUCUUUCUUUGAGGGUACCUAUACAUCCUCUGAUGCUGAAUACACACAAGAUUCAGAGGCCGUACAUGCAGCUCCAACUAAUCAUGACGGCAAUUUCGGAACAAACUGCAACUUAUCCGACAUGGAUGCUACCUUUGACGUCGUCUUCAAACAGCUAACAUUACUUGAUAUAAAUAAAGGCGCAGGCCCCGAUGGACUACCAAAUAUUUUCCUUCGAGGUUGUGGAGUACCACAAGGCUCCGUACUAAGCCCACUAUUAUGGAAUGUGCUGUAUGACGGGGUGUUACGAUUACCGCUGCCAAAAGAAGCACAGAUAAUUGGCUAUGCGGACGACAUUGCCGUAACGAUCGUUGCUAAAGAGCUCUUCCAGAUACAAAACAUAUGCAAUGAGACCGUGUCGAAAAUCAAAGAAUGGCUUACGAGUACUAAGCUUCAGCUGGCAGGAGAAAAAACAGAGGCAGUGCUCAUCACGAGCAGGAAAAGGCUAGAAACAGUCACACUGAACAUUGAUGGAUUUAACGUUGUAACGCAAAAUUCACUGAGGUACCUUGGUGUUAUGAUCGAUACGAGGCUCAAUUUCAAGGCGCAUAUUGAAAAGGCGUGUGGAAAGGCGGCUAAAGUGACUGCGGUCCUUUCGAGAAUUAUGGCAAACAUUGGUGGCCCAAGUCAAAGGAGGAGAGCUUUGCUGGCUAAAGUUAGCCAAUCAAUGCUUAUGUACGCAGCUCCGAUAUGGGGGACAGCCCUUCGUCAAAAAACCUGUGUCAAUAUGGCCAAAUCUGUGUCCAGGCUAUGCGCCCUUAGAGUUGCCUGUGCGCUUAGAACGGUGUCGCACGAGGCGAGCGCUAUCAUAUCUGGCCUUAUGCCAUCGGAUAUAAUGGCCUCUGAGUUAAGUAGAGUCUACUGUAAAACAAAAGCCAUGAAUAGGAGCCUAACGGCUGACGAGCGCAAAAAGGAGAGGAAGACAAGUCUCGAGGAGUGGCAUAAGCAAUGGGACGCGGCAGACAAAGGAAAAUGGACAUACAGGCUUAUUAAGAAUGUGCCGGCCUGGAUUGACAGACAACACAGAGACAGAUUUCUACUUAACGCUUUUCUCAUCGGGCCAUGGCUGUUUCAGGGAAUACCUGCACAGAUUUGGCACGAUGACGAAACACACUGUUCGUUCUGUGGAAAUGCCUCAGAAAACGCAGAGCACAUCUUUUUCUUCUGCACGAGGUUUGCAGUGGAGAGAGAGACCAUAGAAAACUUAACAAAUGAAAGGAUGACGCCCGACAGCAUAGUUAGUCACAUGCUGCGAUCACAACUGGUGUAG